CAAAUGCCCUGCAGCAGAUGACACCCGAGUCCGGGCAUCACAUGCUAUCAAUGUACUAUGCGGCACUCCGAUCACAAUCUCCAGAGCCUCGCAAGCAGUACCUUGUCGUGUUCACCGACAAGGCGAGCCUCGCGGCGGUUGACGCCGACACCCGGGGGUUAACCAAGUGGGCGCGUGACGACAGCUCCGCAAUGUACGAUGACGUGGACUGGGAUAACAUUGGCGACCGCUGCCGAAGCAAGGACAUCGCUUGCUCGUGUGUCAUAUUGGGCUCGCCAGAAGCAGGGAGGUCGACGACGGCGCCCUUCGGGCGAGAUGGGUCGACUGUUGAGAAGUUGCGCAAGAUGUGCCAGGCGAGCAGCCCUGAGGGGCCGGACGACGCGUGGUUCGCGCUCCCCUCAGACUCGGAUGUGUACUUGACGGAGAUGUCUGUCAAGAGUACGGCACCGCCGCCACCACCGGUCCCCGCUCCACCCGAGAUCAAACCUGUUCUCCCAACGGCGGCAUCCGCACAGCCUUCCGCCAAUGGCCCCACGGAAGCGCAAAUCCAGUACCAGCAGGCGCAAACGGCGGCUAUGGCUGUCAAAAUGGCGCAGGCUGCGCAAGCGCAGGGACCAAACGGCGGUCCAUUCCAAGCUUUAGCGCAACUCAUUGCGAGUGGACGACUGGAUCCAGCGGUCAUGACCCAGCUAGCAGGCAACAUCCGUUCCACCGACCUGGCUGUUCGUCAGAGGGCGAUGGCGCAGCUAAGCCAGCUCAUGGUUCAGGCCCAGAACAAGAAUCUGGGAGCUUCAGGUGCCACCGCCGCUGGCAAUGUCAAGAGUACAAACAACCAGGCUCAGGCCAAUGGCGCCAAUGGCAGCGCCGGCACUAACGCCCCAGCGCUGCCUGCUGCUGCCAACCCUUCGAGCACCGGAGUUGCUGCUGGCACUGCACAGAUCCCUUCAGGAGCGCCCCCACAGAACAUUUCCAUUCCCAACCUCAACCCGGCGGGAAUGACUCAGCAGCAGUUUGUGGCUGCCAUGCAAGCAAGGCAGCGUGCGGUGCAGGCGCACACGAACCAGCAGAUGUCUCAGCAGCAGCAGAACCAGCUCAGCCAGCUGCAAGCGCAGCAGGGUAACCAGCAGAGCAACACGGGCCAGAACGCGAAUGCGACCCAGAGCCAGAACCAAAGCCAGUCGCAGAACGCCCAGGCGACGGCGCAAACGACACAGCAGCUGCAGAGCCAGCAACAGGCGCUGCUCUUCCAACGGCAGCAGUUGCUGGCGCAACAGCAACAGCAGCAGCAGCAGCAGCAGCAGGCUCAGCAGGCUUCGCAGCAAGGUCAACAGACUCAGCAGGGCCAGCAGCCUCAGCCACAGAAUCCCCAAGCACCCAGCGCGCCACAGUUGCGGCCUCCGGCUUGGUCGGGCACCAUCAGUUGGAUGCUCAAGGGUCAGGAGCGCAGCAUCAUUCCAGUGCAAUGCUCGGUGCUCAGCCAGACAAUGAACCCAGCAGAUCUGAUGCUGCAGCAAUGGCCUUCGAACCUGGAGAUGUCAGCUAUGACGCCGAUGAACAUGGCCGACCUGCAGACGUAUGUGAAGGCGCACAAUGCGCCGUGCGUGCUCUUCAGCGUCUCUCCACAAGCAAACCCGGAUGCCAAGGCGAAAAUGAACUACCUAGCUGCAAGCCUGUUGGCGAAGCAGCUCGCCGCUUUCAUUAAGUUUGGCAACCCUGGGUGCGGCAUCCUGCUGGUCUCGGCCAGUAGGGGUCCACAGACGCCUGGCAAUGAGCAGAACAACCGUCUACUCGGCGUUGUUUGUCUGAAGCAGCCGUAUCCUGCUCUCAACCCGGCCGCCGCCGCCGCGAACCCGAGCACGGCCCAAGCCCAGGUCCCUCAGCAGCCUGUGACAAUCAAUGGCAGCGUCAACAACGGCGCAUUCCAGAACGUGCCCAACAUCUCACCGCAAUUCCUGCAGAACGCCCAGCUCCAGAGUCAGCUGCUGGCGAACCAGGCGCGUCCCACCCCAGCGCACUCGCGCACACCGAGCCAAAGCCAGCCGACACAGCCGCCCGCGCGUCCGAGCACACUGCAGCAGUUCGCCAACCAGCCAAACUUGCAGACGCUGCAGCAGCUGCAGAUGCGGCAGUUGGCCGCCACACAGCAGCCUCCCCGUCCAUCAAACAUGACGUUGUCCGAGGCCCAAAAGAAUGGCAUCAUCAAGCUGCUGCGCGAAGCCAACAUCAACGUGGGCGAGACGUUCGAUCCGAGCCAGAUACCCCGCGAAACCCUCACUCAGAUUAUUCAGCAAGCCAAGGACAAGACGAAGCAAAACAUGCUUCAGAAGAUGCAGAGCCAGGCGAACCAAUCGACCUCGAAUCCGACAUUAGGCCUUGGAGGCCAGCCCAACCAGAGUCUGGGCGGCCUUGGCAACCUCAACGCACAGGGAGGUGGCAACAUGAACCUACCGGCAGGCUACAACUUCAUGAACCACAUGAACCUGCAGAAUCUCGGCAGCUUGGGCGGUAUCAACAUGGCGCAGCUCGCCAUGAACCAGCAGAACCAGAAUAAUGCCAACCAGGGCGGCACGCAGCCGCAACUAAAUGCGGCUACGCUUGCGAGCCUCGGCCAGAUACCCGGAUUCAACCUCCAGCAGUUCCAGGCGGCGCAGGCUGCACAGGCGGCCCAGAACGCGCAGAACAACAACAACGGGCAAGGCGCCCUCGGCCUCUUUGGGCAGACGGGGCUCGGUAGUCUCAACCCCACCAUGUUGAACCAAUUCCAACAGCAGCAUUAGAGAUACAUUGUAGCACAGUAGGCGUACCUAUGGAUGACAUGUACAGUUAUGAG